GUCGCUUUUCCUGCUCUUAUCCGCCGUUCUGGGAUUCCCGCUGUCGCGUGCUCCUCUGAUUAGCAGCUCCAUUUUUUUGGCGGACAUGUGGAAGAAUCCCUAAAGGAAACGGAAGCAAACUAAUAACGGUUAAUAACGGUCAAUGGCGCGCGCCGUCUGGCUGCCCUAAAAAUAGCAAAUAAAUUCAAAAUCAGGCAAAAUAAUAUAACGAAAAUAGCCAACAGACAUGCCGUGUUUUUGUGCCUGUGUGUGAGUGAGUGAAGUGGAAAUCCGUUUAUAAAUAAAACAACGCUGGGCCAAGAAGAGUGAAAUUGUUAUUAUUGUAUUGGCCAGAGUGCGCAGAGGAAAAAAAAACUCCAGGAACACACAGCGGCAAAGGAUAAGGCAUAAAGGAUAACCAAGGACAGUGACUCGUUGGCGGUUGUUGUGUGACAUGCUAGCAGCAGUUAUGGCAUCGGACAUCAACUGGGAUCCAGCUCUUUCGAAACUGAUCACCACGCUGAAGGAGUCGGACAACCUGUCCAAUGACCAGGAGAUUGAUUUCCUAAAGGCCCUGCUCGAGUCCAAGGAGCUGAAUGCCUUGGUCAAUGUCCACACCAAGGUGGCCAAGGUGGGUCGCGAUGAUAGGCUGGCUCCAGUGCUAUCCACCUCCGCCCAGGUGCUAUACGAGGUGCUGGAGCAGCUGUCGCAACGCUGCCACCUGAAUGAGGACUGCAAGGAGGCCUUCCAUCUGCUGCAGGACUCCCAUGUCCAGCACUUGCUAUUCGCUCACGAUGCCAUUGCCCAAAAGGACUUUUACCCGCAUCUGCCGGAGGCACCUGUUGAAAUGGACGAGGACGAGGAGACCAUCAAGAUUGUGCAGCUGGUGAAGAGCAAUGAGCCUCUGACAGGAGCACAGAGUGCGGAGCCAAUUGUUGGCGCCACCAUUAAAACGGACGAGGAGACGGGCAAGAUAAUCAUCGCCAGAAUUAUGCACGGCGGCGCUGCUGACCGCUCCGGAUUGAUACACGUCGGCGACGAGGUCAUCGAGGUGAACAACAUCAAUGUGGAGGGCAAGACGCCGGGCGAUGUGCUCACCAUACUGCAAAACUCUGAGGGCACCAUUACCUUCAAACUGGUGCCAGCGGACACCAAGGGUGCCCAGCGCGAGUCCAAGGUGCGAGUGCGUGCCCACUUUGACUACAAUCCCGAUGUGGAUCCCUAUAUACCCUGCAAGGAGGCAGGUUUGGCCUUCCAGCGUGGCGAUGUCCUGCACAUUGUGGCCCAGGAUGAUGCCUACUGGUGGCAGGCACGCAAGGAGCACGAACGUUCGGCGAGAGCUGGCCUUAUACCCAGUCGGGCUCUACAGGAGCGACGCAUCCUUCACGACCGAUCCCAGAAGGAUGGCACUGAUCUGGACUCGAAGCCCGGAUCAUGCGCCUCACUCUGCACCACCCCACCUGGUUCACCGCGCCUGCCCGCCAGCAGCAGCAGCUCCUCCUGCCGACAGCCCAAGACUAAAAAGAUAAUGUACGAUUUGACAGAGAACGAUGACUUCGAUCGGGAGCAAAUUGCCACGUAUGAGGAGGUGGCUAAGCUAUAUCCCCGUCCAGGUGUCUUUCGUCCCGUGGUGCUCAUUGGAGCUCCCGGUGUGGGACGCAAUGAGCUGCGCCGCCGGCUGAUAGCCAGGGAUCCCGAGAAGUUCCGCAGUCCAGUGCCAUAUACCACCCGACCAAUGCGCACUGGCGAGGUGGCCGGACGUGAGUACAUCUUUGUGGCCCGGGAGAAAAUGGAUGCAGACAUCGAGGCGGGCAAAUUCGUGGAGCAUGGCGAGUACAAGGGUCAUCUGUAUGGAACCUCCUCGGAGAGCGUCAAGUCCAUUGUGAAUGCCGGAUGCGUCUGUGUGCUGAGUCCACAUUAUCAGGCGAUCAAGACGCUUCGCACAGCUCAGCUGAAACCGUUCCUCAUCCAUGUGAAGCCACCAGAGUUGGAUGUGCUGAAGACAACACGUACGGAGGCCAGGGCCAAGUCCACUUUCGAUGAAGCGAAUGCCAGGAGCUUCACAGACGAGGAGUUCGACGAUAUGGUAAAGUCAGCCGAGCGGAUUGACUUCCUCUAUGGCCACUUUUUCGAUGUGGAGAUCGUCAAUGGAGAGCUGGUCAAUGCCUUCGAGCAGCUGGUCCAGAAUGUCGAGCGCCUGGAGACCGAACCCCUGUGGGCCCCAUCCAUGUGGGUGCAGUAGGAGGAAGAUGCCAAAUGUGAAGAUAGGAGAGAUGAGCAUUUCAUGCAAUUUGUUAAACAACACCAAAGUAUUUUUGCCAUACGAAUUUAGCAAUCUGCUAGAGAGACAGACAGAGAGAGAGAGAGCGACACUAUUUACCCGUAGGAAGGUCCUGCUGGGCACUCCCGUCCCGGCCUUAGUCCUUUUCACGACAUGUACCUUUUUGCGUAACAGUGAAAACAAAGAAAUGAAUACAAUAAAUAGACAGAGGAAAGGUAACUAGAACUCGAAACGGCAGCAGCGUCAUCUAUCUUACAAUUACAUUUACAAUAUAACGUUUAAAUUAUAAAGAAAACAAAAGAAACAGAACAGAACCGAAACAAAAGAACAUAACUUGUUGUACAAAAUUUAUUUGUGUUCAAAGAAAGGACUAAAUUAUAAAUGUAUUUAUUACACGUUGUUGAAAUCAAAGAAACCAAGUUAAACUCCCCGUAACCACUAACCAUAUUGUAUCUCAAUUGUAUAUAUACACUCAAUCCACUAACUGAAUAACUAGAGAGCAUAUUGGGAUGCAAUAUGUCACUUUUGGAACCCGAUUUCAUCAAAGCGUAGUGAAAAAAUUGUUGAAAACAAGUGAGAAAUUAAUAAAAACCUAUUUUA